AUCAACCUAGCCGAGGAUAUGGAGGAAAUCAAAAAGACACUUAGUCAGUACCCUUCAAGUUUCAAUGUCCAAGAAACGAUAGCUGCUUUCUCACGUGAAGAAUUGGAAAAGAUAAGACACAAAUUAGAGAUUGAACUGGAAUCUUCUGAAAAAGAAUUCAGCACGGACAUGGAAAAGUUAAGAGUCGAAAAUUUAAUGUCUUUUCUUCAUUACCAUCUAGGAGAUCGAGAAAAGGCGACACAGUUCAACAAAAAAGUUUUAGACACAGAACCAGAGAAUAUGAUAGCUUUAUCAAAUAAAGCUUGGUUUUCUUUACGAGACCGUAAAAACAUAUUGCAGUGCAAAGAACAAUGUGACCGUCUCAAAGUAAUAAAGAGACAAAACCAAUUGGCUUGUUUAAUGGCUAGAGCUGAGGUGGCAUUUACCUAUUCAAGACUAGGAAUACGGAAUUACCAGAAGGCAUCGUCAGAGUUCGAAAAGGUUCUUCAAGAUUGCAAUACGAUUAAAACAGUGGGAAAUGGACCUAAUUCGGAAGAUAAUUCAACUCCAGUUCCAAUAGACUAUUGUUGCGUAUGGAUGUAUGGAAAAGCCCUCUGUCAACAGAGACUGUCCAAUUUGCAUAACAUGUACGACCUAGCAGAUAUUGAAAAACAGAAAAACAGUUGCAGUCUUACGCUAGAUAUAUUGUCAAAUAUAGUUGGGAUAAAAGAUUCUGAAAGCGCUUGUAUCAAAAGAUACAAAGCAAGAUCAUUUAUUGAAAUUGGUUGGAUUGCGUAUGAAGUCAGCAGAAAUAAGUACGUGUUUCCAAAAGGCAUGGAAGAGUUUAUGCCUCCAAAUUCACCACUUCUAAUGCCUCCGACAAAUUAUUUUAUGAAAGCUCUUGAGUAUUAUCAGGAUGACGUAUUUGUUCUUGAACGAAGCGGGAAGUACUUCCGAUAUAUAAAUGAACUUGAAAAAUCAAUAGAUCUUCUACUUAAAGCUAUUCAGAUUAAACCAACCUCAUUUGGUUAUCAUCACAUCGCCUUGUCGUUCAAAAGGCUACUUGAAUUUGGUGAUGGAGCAUUAGCACGAAAAUUACAAGAAAUUCCCCUGGACUGUCAACAGGGAUCAGUGCAAUCAGACAAGACGGAUGAAGACGCAACUGAAGUAUCUGAAACACACUUCGAGCAUUCAAAAGGAGAUAGUAUCGGUCUUUUUACCACUAUGUCAUCCAGCAAAUUUAAUAAUAUUGCAGCGGGCAACCCGACGACAAUACAAAUGCAAUUUCAUGAAACAAAUACCCGUAUGAGUGAUAAUAAUAACCACAAACCAAGAUCAUCGUAUAGAACAAGAAUACAUAAUAAUUAUAGGAGUACUGUAUACAAAAGCCACAAUCAAAUGUUUAAAGCUUACAGAGGACAAAAUGUUGGAAUACCAUUCUUUGAAACACCAGUUCAGCCAAAUAACAAAGAAACGCAUGUCACGCGGCAAUCAAGUGAUGCCGCUGUUGAUUAUUUGACUGGGACAUUUUCACAACUUGAUAUAAACCCUCAAAGAGGGAACGCAAUCACAUUUCCAGUUUAUGGACACUAUAACUCAAGAACUUUUCGAGAUAGAAGUCAAAGGUAUGACAGACGUCCCUAUAAUCGGUGCAGUUACAAAAGAUUUUGCAACAGAGUUACUAAUUCUCCCUGCGGUCCUUCGAGGCAGAAAAGCAAAAUAGGAAUUAAAUGCCCCAAAAAGCCAAUCAGUAUUGAUUACAAUGAACAUAAACCUGUUGUUGAUAAAGUCAUUGCGUAUCUUGAUAAAGCUUUUGAGAUGUCGUCAAAUACGGUUGCAAUAUACGAUAAGGCCAUACUUUAUAGGCAGAUUAGUCAACCUGAAAAUGCAUUAAAGGUUUUAGAUAAUUUGUUACAGGUCAAUGAUCAAUUAAUUCCAAAAAUUAUGCUGGCGAACAUUUACGAGCAGUCAGCUUUUUGUAUAAAUGAUAUGUUUCUCAUCUCUGAUGAUAUCAACAUGAAUAAAAGAAGAGACAUGGAGGAGGACAGGGACUUUUACCUAAAAUCAUCAAUUGAGAUUUCAUGUGCCCUUAUUAAUAAGAUUCCAUCCCUCCAUAAUUGCUGGAAAUCUGCUGCGACACUGAGGAAUGUCCUUUACGAUAAAUUAGAGAUAGAAAGAACGAAAGAUACUCUUAAAGAACUACGGAAUCUUUACAAAAAGCUAAAUGAUCAUUUUGAUGCAAUUAAAAUACUUAAAGAAUUGCAAACAUUAGCCGAUAACGAAGAAGAAGAAAAGGAGUUUCUAGAGGGAAUUGUCGAGCAUCAACUUUCCAUGGGGAACUAUGAGGAGGCAGUAAUCGCUCUAUGCAUGUCUAAGCAACUAAGGGAUGGGCAACCAAUUAUUAAAAAGGAUUUGUACAUCAAAGCUUAUAUCGAGGCUGGUUUGAACGCUUUCACACGAAAACACUAUCAAAAAGGAAACAUGCGUAUCCGAGAGGCGUUUAGAUUUGUGAGAGAAUCUCAACAAAUUCCCAAAAAUAGUGAAGCAUCUAAUGAAACAAACAUAGAUGCAGAGGAAAAUGAAUCAUUCGACCUUUUUAUUCUUUCAAACCUUGAUGACGACGAAAAUGGUCGAAAACUCAUGAUGCUUUUAGAUAAUUUUGGACUGAAAACAACAUUUAAUACAGAUAGUCCAGCGAUUACUCCAGGUACACCAGAAGUAACUGGAAUGACAAACAUAAUGAACAGAUCGAAUGCUUUCGUGAUUUUAAAAGACUUUGAAACAGACAAUAAGACAAUGCAACAUAUAAUUGAUAGAAUGCAAAAUAUUGUGGAAAAUAGACAACACAAAACAUUGAUUUUAGUAGUGACACUACAAGUUUCUACGGAAACACAACCAGGAUCUUUUUAUGCAACGCAGAAAACAAUUACAAUUGAUCUUAAAUCUGUAUCAGAGGACACUUUGUUUGCAGUUGUACCCGAGGGUGUCAAAAGUUUGUUAAUGGCUCUUGCGUCGGUGUAAAAAAGCUAGUACGCUGUUGAAUUGAAACUCUUUGAUCCUUGUACGGUUAUGUACAUUUUCUAUAUAUAUACAUGUUCGCUGCAAUAUGUGUUAGAUGACAUAAUAAUUGUAAUUGUUUCUUGUUAAGAAAAAUGUAAAUGAGUGAUGUCCCUUAGUCCGAACCUUUUGCCAUUUUUGUUAUCGUUCAAAAGUACAUCGAUGUUGAAAUAUCGUAGAUACGACGAAUGUUGUUUCACCUUGGCACGAUUUUGGUUGCAGAGUGAAGUUUAAACAUUGUUAUUGAUGAAAUAAAGAAUGAUAUUUUCGUCGAACAGUGGAACCGAUAGAUGUUCGGAUCAAGAAGAUGACGAAGCGAAAGGCCUUACCUUCUCCAGUUAAAACAAAGUAAGACUAGAUAUAGGACAACAUUCAAUGAAGUUCAGACUUGUUAUUGUCAAUCGAUUAAAAAAAGUAUUAGAGAAAUUUAAGAAAAUAGUUUUUGUUGUCAGAUUGAUGACGUAUUUUUUGUAAGAUUUGAGGGUCGUACUUAGCACUGAUAAAGUAACAACAUAAUUUUGGAUCGUGUUUGAUGUGUAAAAUUGUAAAGUGAUUAUAUUCACUAGGGAACAAAAAUUGCAAAAGGAGUUGUUUAAUGUUAUACAUCGGGUCAAGUGGCAUUGAUUAGAAUUUGUAUAGCAAAGUCAGAUAUACAAUAUCAUUGAUUUCUAUGGAGGGAGAAUAAAACUAUAAAGAAUGUGAAUAUAAAUUUCAAAGUCUGUUUUUUAUGAAAGUACCAUAUUUUGGCAUAAUACUUUUGGCCUUAGUGGCGAAUUACACCCGAUGCCUACAGGGAUAAUAAUGCAUUCAAAAUAUACAGACAGGUUGUCCAACAGAUGAUGCUCAUUUGAUUUAUAGACGACCAUUUUACAUGGACAAUUCCCUGUGUCAUUUGUCAUGAAUAUUUCUCUCAAGUUGGCGUCGUAUGCAAGACCUUGUGCGAUAUUUUUGAUGGCAAAGAUGGCUUCGCAAAUGGUACCGGCUAUAUUGUUUAAAUAUCAGAAGUUAAUAGUUUCGUCAGUCAAAAAGAUAUAGUGUACAUAUUGCAAGGGCAUAAUAAACCCUUUACUUAUUAUCUGCCAACAAUGUGAAAAGGUAUUCAUUUUUAUAAAAAAAAUAAGAAAUACAUGACUGGGAAACAGUAAAAUAGCAUAGAAAUAUCAUUCAAACGUGAAAUAGACUGAUUUCUAUAUGAUAAUUACUGUUUUAUUUUUGAUACAUGUGUGUGACAUUGUACAACAGUUGAAAUAGAUGUGGAUGUUAGAAAAUUUAUGAAAAAAAAUCAUGUAAUAAGCAUAAUUUGAAUGUAAUCGGUUUUUUUUGUAUAAAAAGCGAUUUUAAAAUUGAAGGUUGUAAAGUAUAUUUUAUUUGCUUUUUUGGGUGGACGAAAUGGAAAUUUAAGAUAUUUGAAUAUGGAAUGAAAUAUAUUUGAAUGAAUGAGUAUUAAAUUUUGAAAAGGGCUUUAACAUUCCAAAGAGGGGAGUUUGUUGUUGAGAAAUGUAUGUUAGAUGUCUACUACAUUUGUAUUUAUUACAGGGACUCUAAUAAGGUUUUUCGAAAUUAAUGAUUCAUAUGACGUAGGACUAGACAAUUUACUUAUGUGUAAAAAUUAUCUUUUGCUCACUCUGUUUUUCCAAAAUAAUAAUUGUAAUUGUGAAAAAUGAUCCAAAAUUGAGUGUAUUUGUAAGUCAUCUUUUGCAAAUCUUUCUUAGCUGAUCUAUGUAAGAAAUUUUCUAAGUUUCUAAGACCCUCAAUAUUAUAUCCUUCGAUAUUUUAGUAAAGUGGACAAGAGUGAUGUCCCUUGUUUAUUACUAUUUGAUGUAGGAAAAUAUAUUUGAUGUAGGAAAAUAUAUGGAUACAUCCUUUAUUUAUUCAUUGCAAACAGUCUAUGCGUAGAACUAGGUCAACACAAGUUUAAUCAAGAUUUUAGCAAAUGCAGGGCGUCAUCAUAUAAGACAAAUCAUUUUUAUACAUACUUUUGCUUUAAUCUGAACUUAAUAUUCCCUUUUCAGUAUUGUUUCAUCCUUAGUAAUUACAAAUUUUAACUGAUUGUAAAACGCAUCAUUUUGUGGAGGAAGCCAGGUUUUUCAAUUGUAUUUGGGAAGUUACCCAUGACAACUAUUUAGAAAAGUCAGACGAUUUUAAAGAUAAAUUAUUCGAUCAAUAAUAUCAAAGUUACAGUCAUGUUAUUUAUGGUUAAAUCUUUUGAUGAAUGUAAAGUUUUGAGAAACUUUAUUCAUUUUUUUCUGAUUUAGAUAUAGUUUUUCUUGAAUUACCCAAGGUUGUUCUAUAUACACUUUAUUGAGCUGUGUGUACAUUUUGUGCACAAUUUCUAGGUUGCGCUCAGAGUUUCGUCAGUCUGUAUAAGCACAGAAAAUUUAAGUUUGCAGCUGAGGAGUAUAUAAACCCCUGUUAAUUCCGCCAGAACAAGUUUCUAAGAUUUGCCCUCCGGUUUGGGUUUUGAUAGUGAACAUAUGUUUUUCAUUGUAAGCCAAUUUAAUGUUUUUUUCAUUUUUGUAUUCAUGAAUAGAUCUUUUAUCAGUCAUUUAAAAGUAAAAGUUAUCAUUUGAAUUAAGAAAUUUAUUGUUUAAACUUAGGCUGGUUGACAUAUAUAUAUUUGCAUUUUGAGUUUAAUUACAUUAAACUACUUUAGCACAGAUCAAAAUUUUAACUAUUACUGUGCUAAAAUUGUUGUUUGGACUUUGUCAUAUGUGUUUUGCUAGUAUUUUGGUAGUUUUGAUUUAUAAGUCAUAUAGUAAUUUAGAUAAACCCUUAAGGAAUAAAAUUUAAUUUACUAAUAUUAGUGCUUCUUUUUAUAGUUUAUGUAAAGGUAAAUGCAACUACAUCCCUUAAGCUAGAAAUUAAGAUUAGCCACAUUCGAGCCACAUUUCCCCGACUUUGUCCGGAAAUAACUUGUGCAGAUACCUAGAAUAGGAAUCAGCAAGGAAAUACUACAGCCGACCAGAGCGUAACAAUACGUUAGAUGACUACACUAUUUGUAUUUAUUUGUGGUAAAGUUGGUUUCCAACUACAACAGGUUAUAUUAUUAUUAUUACAUAAUAUUGUAUAAUUUUACUGAAGAAGUACACAUUAAAUCCUCAUAAAUGUGUUUGAAGAAAUAAAGGUUUAAACUAAGAUUUAAAGUUUAUUAUUGAAUAUGUAU